CACCGGCGCGGCAAAGAAGAGUCUGGACUGGUUUAUAAAAUAAAAAUAAAUGUUACUUCAAUAAACUUUCUCUGCUGAAUAUUUCACACACUGACAAGCAGCCAUCGUUAAUCACAAAUAUGAGUCACUGUGAGCUGGAAGAGGUGACGAAGCACAUCGAUGACAAGAUUUCAUUCGUCAAGAGGCUUUUAGAGCUGCGUGCAGUCGCAAAAGAUCCAGACAAGCGGACGUUUCUAGUCAAAAUUGAGCAGGACGUCAAUGCUAUCAAUGGCCUCCUGGAUCGGUUUGAGAGAUAUGUAGCUCAGCAGAGAGACCUGCUAAAGCAUCUGAAGGAACUGGAUGAGUUCUUCCAGGAGGAUGUGCAGAACGCGCAACAUCUAAAAGAGAACAUCCCACCCCACAUGCCCCGCAGGGAACAGCCAACGGCUCCGUCAGAACAGCUGGCGGCAUCCAGCAGGCCCGCAGAUGUGCAGGCAGCCCCCCAGGAGCAGGAACCGCCCAGGAAGCCUUCACGGGCCCUGAUCAAAGAGAUGGAAUUCAUCACUGUUCAAGAGUUCGACAGCAUCCCACAGUACAUGAAAGGACGAGUUACGUAUGACCAGCUGAAUGCUGCCGUGAAGAGCAUCAACGUUGCUGUGACUGGGAAAUAUAAAAUCCUCCACCAGCCAGUUAAGAGCCUGACCAACGCCUCACGGAAACUCCACCAGCGAUUUAAAGACCAGGAAACCAAAGACACUAAAGGUCAGUUUUUCGUGGUGGAGGAGGAUCUGCGUGAUCUGGCCCAGCUGAAGGUGGAUAAGCGCUUCGCUGGCAUGUUGAACAUGCUGAGACACUGUCAGCGGCUGAAGGAGCUCAGAGGAGGUGGCCUGAUACGCUACGUUCUGCUGUGAGGUUGUCCAAGCAUAGUGCGGGCGCUACACAGCGAGCGGUGAUCCACAGACCUAUCAGAUUGGGCCCAUAUAAGGAAUUCUGGGUCUAAGCUGUUCUUCUCUAUGGGAAAAAAUGAAUGACGUUCUUGUAAAUCGCUGCUGUUGUGCCCUGUGAUGAACAAAAUACUCCAAAUUCUGUAUGUUUUGUUCUGUGUGUGUUCUUCACCUGAAUGUAGCUGGGUCUUCUGAAUUACAAAGCUGUUAAGGAAUCACCAUACAUUUGUUGCACACUGAACUGACGUCAUAAGACUGACCUAAACACAGUACCCCGCACAAACCAGUUGGCUUUGUUUAGUGUGGUAGCUUAGAGGCUUUGGCAGUUUUAGGCAGUUUGAGUAACUGGUGUUAGUCUAUAAUAGACGAAAAUGUAAAUAAUUCAAAUUUAAUAGAAGAAUAACUAUAAUGUGAUGUGUCAGUUGCAAAAUGCACAUCCAUCUAGCUUAAUAAAAUCACAAAAUAAUCAAAUAAAAAUGUAAAAAAAAAAACAUAAAUAAAUAAAAAUGAAGUGGAGAGUAGAAAAAAAAAUCCUAAAGCAAACAUGACUGACAUUUGGCUGCUUGCAUAAAACACCUGAUAAUAUAAAUCUUUUUAACUUUGUUAAGUGGGUUUUUUUUUUUUUGCUUUGAGCUGAAAUAUUUCUCUGAAGCAACUGUAAAAUGUAAGACCAACAUUCAUUUAAUGUUUGUUUUUACUGUGCAAAAGGCUUAGCCAACUUGAGAAAAUGAUAUUUGAAUUGCUUACUGAAAACAAGACAUUAUAGUGUCUAACAUUCACUUCACUUUUUAUUGUACAGCAAUAAUAAUAUGGUAAAAAAACUGAAUGUACACAUUCCUCCUACUUUAAUAGUGAUAAGCAGUUUUAUAAUCUGGCAUAAGAUGUUUAAACCGUGCUGUAAAAUUAAUGUGACAUUGUUAGAUCUAGGUGGCUUGCAGCGUGACGUCUCCUUUGUAUCUCCAAAGUGGUGGCUUUACAGGAGAAGGAAACACACCUUAGCUUUCAAUGGAAGUUGAUGGAACUUUUUUUUUUCCUGUCCCUUCGUCAUUUUAAAUGUUAACACAGUGUUUAAGGCAGUGUUGCUAACUUGUAUAUAAAGCACAAACAGAAACAGCAAAGAAACAGAGGUCUAAUUGACUUUCUCUGCUGUCCGUGUUUAUAUCUGGGAGCUUUGGAUGCUGUAUUCUAAAUCACUGUAGAUUGAAGAUCUCUUGAGAUGUUUUACUUGUAAUUUCCAGGUUUGUAAAUAUGUUUUAUGUUUCUAUAAUGCCGUUAUUUUGUCGCUGACAAUAAAGAAUUUGAUCUGUU